AUGACCACACACCACGGCUUGUCCUCCUUUGCUCCCUUAUCCCCCACAGACACUACCAAACUACUCAAAGACAAGAUGCUAAAGACCUGCCACCUUGACCCCAUCCCAGCCCCCCUCCUGAAAGCCUGCAUCCCCACUCUCAUGCCACUCAUCACCACCAUCAUAAACUCCUCCCUCAGCUCUGGUAUUGUUCCUCCCACUCUCAAACUAGCCACCAUCACACCCCUGCUGAAAAAACCUGGCCUAGACCCCGACAACCUGGACAACUUCAGACCCAUCUCCAACCUCCCACUCCUGUCAAAAAUAUUGGAACGCGCCAUCCUUUCACAGCUCCAGCAAUAUCUCCUCAACUCCCAACUGUUUGAAACAUUCCAAUCCGGUUUUCGCCCCCAUCACAGUACAGAAACAGCCCUUCUAAAAGUCACCAACGACCUCCUCCUUUCCGCCGACUCUGGUUCACUCUCCAUCCUCCUCCUCCUCGACCUCAGUGCAGCAUUCGACACCAUCGACCACAGCAUCCUCCUCCACCGUCUCCAAACCAUUGGCUUCUCCGGCACAGCACUCUCCUGGUUCUCCUCCUACCUCACCGACCGCCAUCAUUAUGUUUCCAUAAACAACUUCAAAUCAAAUACCUUCCCUGUCUCCACUGGUGUUCCCCAAGGUUCGGUGCUCGGCCCCCUCCUCUUCAUCAUCUACAUGCUUCCCCUUGGUCAUAUUAUCCGUCAUCAUGGACUUCAUUUUCACUGUUAUGCCGACGACACUCAGGUGUACAUACCCACCAAAUCCAUCAACUCAGUCAUUCUUUCCACCAUCACACACUGCCUCGCCGACAUUAAAACCUGGAUGGACCAUAAUUUCCUCAAACUCAACAGCAACAAAACAGAACUCAUCCUCACCGGACCCAACUCUCUCCUCCCAUUGGCCCAGAACAUCUCCCUCAACAUCGACAGCCACUCAGUCACUCCCCCCCCCUCUAUAGUGAAACAGAAUGUGACAGGCCUGCAGUGGAUUGCCAGUGAGGCCUGGUCAUCAGCUGCUGUGCUCCAUACUCCUCACCUCAUGCCGUACCUGGCUGGAACACUGGGCAUUGCUAUCCGUCAAGGAGAAAUACCAGGGCUCAGGGACUUCCUGUUACAAAUACGUCCUGACCUACAUCACAACACCACCAAUGGGAUUAGCAUGUGCAGUGAGAGCUGUCCUCCAGGUACCCGCAUGGCCAGAAAGAAGGGGGAACCUGAGUGUUGUUUUGACUGUGUCCCUUGUUCUGAGGGAAAGAUCAGCAAUACAACUGACUCCAUGGAGUGCACCAGUUGUCCAGAAGAUUUCUGGUCCAGCCCCCAGCGUGACCACUGUGUUCCUAAGAAAACAGAGUUCCUCUCCUACCAUGAGCCUCUAGGUAUCUGCUUGACAACUAUCUCACUUUUUGGCACAUUUAUCUGUGUUGUUGUUCUGGGCAUCUUCAUCCAUCAUCACAGCACACCUAUAGUUCGUGCCAACAAUUCAGAACUCAGUUUUCUUCUUUUGGUGUCGCUCAAAUUGUGUUUCUUGUGUUCAUUGCUCUUCAUUGGACGACCCAGAUUAUGGACUUGCCAACUAAGACAUGCAGCAUUUGGCAUCAGCUUUGUGCUUUGUGUCUCAUGUAUCCUGGUGAAAACCAUGGUGGUUCUGGCUGUGUUCAGGGCCUCCAAACCAGGAGGGGAGUCCAGUCUGAAGUGGUUUGGUGCUGUGCAGCAGAGAGGGACAGUUCUGGUUCUGACUUCUGUUCAAGCAGCAAUCUGCACUACCUGGCUUGUCUCUGCUUCACCAGCACCUCAUAAAAACACCCAGUAUCACAGUGACAAGAUAGUUUAUGAGUGUGUAGUUGGGUCCACAGUUGGUUUUGCAGUUUUACUUGCUUAUAUUGGUUUACUGGCUGUCCUCAGUUGUUUGUUAGCGUUUCUAGCAAGGAAUCUUCCAGACAGUUUCAAUGAGGCCAAACUCAUCACUUUCAGCAUGCUGAUCUUCUGUGCAGUGUGGGUGGCCUUUGUCCCUGCUUACAUCAGCCCACCAGGCAAAUAUGCAGAUGCUGUGGAGGUAUUUGCCAUCCUGGCCUCCAGUUUGGGCAUUUUAGUCUCACUGUUAGGACCCAAGUGUUACAUCAUCUUGUGUAGACCAGAGAGAAACACAAAGAAAGCCAUCAUGGGUCGAGGCACCAAGUCAUAA